CUGCGAAAAGGCGAAGUAUUCGCAAUUUCGUCAAUUAACUCCAUUACCAAUAAUGAACAGCUGUAUAACCAAUAAAGUUGGUUGACAGCAGCUCAACAAAAUCGUUACACAAUGGCAGUAACCUCACAUUGCGGCGCAUUCUAUGAAACUGAAGUUGUUUAGUCGCGGGGCGCGCGGGAUUGGUUACGGCUUGGUGAGGUACUCGAAAUACUGGAAGAUGUCGUUUACGGAGUCUCCGGCAAAAGCGGCGCUGUGCUGCGAGGAGACGGCGGACGGGGCUCCGCCGUCGUACGCGAUGUACGAGGCGCUGAAGGACUCGUGCCAGAACAACGCGACGUUCUUCCAGCCGGACGACAGCGAGAACGGGCAGCGGUUGUACCAGGGGUUCAUGACGCUCAUGGAUCAUAUAGACACUGUUUGGCCGCUGGUGGAUCAUGUGCGCAAGGUAGCGCCUCAGUACGACUUCGAUGCGGUAUCCCCCGGCAACGGUUACAGAAGUUUCGUCUCUGUAGUGGACUCGUGCGUACUGCACGGCUUGAAGCUGAGUCGGCAAGUUUGCACGGGCAGGGACGCUUUGCUGUUCCGGAAAGGGUAUUUCGUGAGGGAAAUAGAAUCGUGCGGGCAACUCCUCGCUUCGCUCGGCACGUGCCUGCACCACGUGCACACGCUGCUGUCUUGGGCGCCGCCCGGAGACCUGUUCCCGUCCGAGGCGCGCUCCCCCGAAGAGCUGUUUUCGCAGGCCGACACCAUCAACCAGUACUGCUUCUACGGACGGUGUCUCGGGUUCCAGUUCCUACCGUCAAUGCGCGGCAUAUUGAAAGGCAUAUCGAUCUGUAUGGCUGGGUUCUCGGAGGCGUACUACAGCCACGGGAACCUGAUCAGCUCGGUGUGGACGGGCGGGCAGUACCUGAUCGACCCGGAGAUGCGCGCGCGCAGGAUAGUCAACAUAUCGCAGUCGGCCAGCGUCGAGUUCUGCAAGGCCUUCUGGUUCCUGGCUGAGAGUGAAAUAAUGAAACGCGUGCCCAGCCUAAUGUCCUCAACGGUAGCCGUGAACAAAGUGAUCACCAUACCACCUGAACCGGUGACGGUGACCACCACAGAGGGGAAGGAGCUGACCGUCCUACCGCCCACCGUGCAUCUCGGCCUACAGAGCCUUAACGUUAGGCUUAUUAGUGUUAAUAAGAGAAUCGGUAUGAACGGCGAAGCGACCUCGUCCCUCCCGGCCGCCGAAGGAGUCCUAUUCCACUGCCACGGCGGAGGCUUCGUGGCGCAGAGCUCCAAGUCCCACGAGAUGUACCUCCGGGAGUGGGCGGCCAAGCUGAACGUGCCUAUAUUGUCUGUGGACUACAGUCUGGCACCGCAGGCGCCGUUCCCUAGGGCGUUGGAGGAGGUUUUCUACGCUUAUUGCUGGAUGCUGAAUAAUUUUAGCGCUAUUGGUACUACUGGUAAAAGAAUAGUUUUCGCCGGUGAUUCAGCAGGCGCGAAUCUCCUAGCCAGUUGCACGCUCAAGAUCCUAUCCAAUAGUCUGAGGAGUCCAGAAGGAUUGUUCCUGGCAUACGCUCCAUUAUUAGUUAGCUUCACACCGAGUCCCGCGCGACUAUUGUGUCUGAUGGACCCACUACUGCCGUUUGGUUUCAUGAUGAGAUGCCUUAAAGCGUACGCAUGUCCAAACCCUAGCAGUGGCAAUACGAGUUGCAAUCACAAAAACUGCAACUGUACCAAGCCUGGCCACACAGCCUCUGACGCCAUCACGCCUCUAGACAGCAACGGCUUUCUUAAAGUCAGCCCUUCACAAGAAGGCAUAAGCGAGGGUCCAUCAUCAUUCGAGGAGGUUUCACCGUCGGACCUGGCGGAGCUUCAAGCGCAUAAGUCCGGCAGCGAGCGGCGCCAGUCUUCCGACACCACCAUUAGCGCCGCCUCGCUACAAAGCGAACACACCGCCACUGGUUUCUCGCCGCCCGAAGACAAGUCGCAACAAGUUGUGUCGGACUUCUUGGAGCGCUACGUGUUGGACAGCGACACGGACUCCGAGGGGCGCCGCAUACCCGUCAUCAAGCCCAACAUUGCCCAGGACGAGAACAGUCACAGAGAGGCCGAGUCGGAAAACUCUAGCACACUGGUUGGUGAACUACCGCUGGAAGAUCAGGACCGGGAGAAUAAGAAAAGGAUCAAGACGCGGAUCAGCGAAGCGGCGACUGGUAUAAUGGGCGCCAUGUCGUCUCGGCUAGCGUACAUCACAGGCUCUAACAACAUAUCCAGGACAACACAGGAAGAGAUAGCAGUGCGUUCGAACCUAGACGCCCUAAUCGCCCGCAGUCCGUCAGACGAGUUCAUAUUCUCUGUGCCCCGGGACCCGCUGCUGUCCCCGUACUGGGCAGACGACCAGUUGCUUAGCAGGUUCCCGCCCUGCAGGAUACUGACGGUGCACUUGGACCCGUGCCUGGACGACUGCGUGAUGUUCGCCAAGAAGCUGAAGCGGCUCGGCAACGUGGUCGGCAUCGAUGUGCUCGAGGGGCUGCCACAUGGCUUCCUUAACUUCGCACUAAUGGCCAAAGAAGCGAACGAGGGUUCCAAGCUCUGCGUGGAGCGGAUAAAGCAACUGCUAGACCUGGAGAGCGCGCCGCCCGACCGCCGCUGAUGACGCUGCUGCGGCACCUGCCUUGACACGGUGUAGUGCCAGCUUA